GCAAUCAGUUUCAUCGGCGUCCUGCUCCAGUCGCUUCCCCGUACGGAGACGGAUCGAAGCGACAGCGGACGGAACAACCCAAGCCACCUUGUGCCUUUUUUCGCGUUGGCCGCUGCGCCAAAGGAGCGAACUGCCCCUACUCCCACAAAGAUGGAGAAGUGGCUGAAGUGCGAGCAACAAAUGUGCCCUCCGCGGGAAACUCUUUGCCGGUGACUGUGGCGGUGCCUGAGCAAAGGAAGGUUCCUCAGGUUGUUCCUCCGCCUGCGGACAGACCUGUGGUCAGACGCUCGCCAGCUCCAGUGCCGGCGGAUGACCCAAGCACGAUGUUCAAGCGAACGCUAUGCAAAUUUUUCCUCAACGGGUGCUGCGUUAAAGGUGAGAUGUGCACCUUUGCCCACGGAGAACAUGAGUUGCAACAGCCGGCAGAAGGAUGGAUGAAUUCGGCUCGCGGCGAGUAUCGGCCAGACCACUACAAAACCCGCAUGUGUAAGUUCUUUCUGGAGGGCAACUGCGCCAUCGGAGAUGAGUGCAGGUAUGCACAUGACGAGAAUGAGUUGCCAACAAGUGAAGCCGAUCCGCUGAAGGAUGAAGGUGCUCCUCGUCCUCCGGGCGAAAAGCACGUGUUCUUCAAGACACGGCUGUGUCAUCUCUACUUCAAGGGCAUGUGCCACCGGGGAAGUGCCUGCAACUACGCGCACGGCGAGGAGGAGCUCCAGAAGCCAGCGGUGAGUGAAGGUGAACCUGGCACUAGCAGCAAUUUUGGGAUCGUGGUGCCCAGCAUGACGAGUGGAGCGACUGAAAAGCUCGGCGACUCGGAAAAGGAGCUGGCCGACCGUGCCUUGUGCAGUUCGUGA